AUGGGUUUUUUUCAAGGAAUCAAAGGGCAAGUAUUUUUUUUUUUAUUAAUGAAACAUACAGUUUUGGCCAAAACUAUUGAGUCACUUACAGAUGUUCUUUGUCUGAAUGUGAAAUCAUAUAGACUUGAUAAAACUGUCAGUGUUGUUCUUCUCGCUUUUCUGGCUUCAAUUGGUCUUACAUUACUCAUCUUAGGUUGUGCAUUGUCUCAAUAUAAUUGGUGGCCAACAUUUGUAAUUAUAUUUUAUGUUCUGUCACCAUUUCCAAUAGCCAUUGGACGUCGAUGUACAUCCGAUGGUGGCUAUACUUUACGGGAAUCAAGUCCAUGUGCAGAUUUAAUGUGGUUUAUAACAAGUGUUAUUGUUGUUUCGGCAUUUGGUUUGCCAGCAGUUAUGUAUCGUGCAUCUGUCAUUCAAGUUGGUUCAAUGGCUUUUAUAAUGUCAGCUAAUGUGGUUAUAUUUACAACGAUUACAAUUUAUUUCAUGACAUUUGGUUCAGAUGAUAGUUUACCUAAUUUCUAA